ACUGGUGUUUACAUUUUGUUUAGUGACUGAAAAUAAAUAAAGAAAUUAUAUUAACCAAAGCUUUAGUUAGCCUGUAACUAAGUUCUACUAAAAUGAAUCCUGUUGUAUUAGUUCUGUCUUAUGACAGCACUAUAUCUCCUUUGGGAAUAGUCGAAAACAUUUUAUCCGAAAUGGAGCAGCCAAAAGAAACAAACUCAACAGAGAGUUCCCUGGAUUGCUACAAAUGCGCCAUUAAAACCAAGUAUUAUAAAACCUCCAUACACUUAGUUCCAUUUACUGGCAAAUUGGAAAACGUUCCAGAGGAUAUCCUGCAGGCAACGGAGGCCUUAAUAAUAUACUUUAACCCAAAAGAUACCUCCUUUAUCGACACCAUUCCCAAUACAUUGUCCAAAAACGAGCAAAUCCAAUUGGGUUUUCUCUUGACAUCGAGUUCUACGGGGGGAGAGAGCGGCGGCAUAUCCUUUGGAGAGCUCAAGGAGCGUACCAAUUUCUUUUUCGACAUUAUAACGUUGAAGAAAGGCAGUAACUCUGAGAGCGAUUCAGAUGAGGGGGAAAAGGAGUACGAAGAAGUUGUGGAGGGUUUAAAAAAUGUCGUUUGGUCGAAUGUUACAAUGGGCUCCAAAGAGCAUAAAGAUGAUAUUAGCAAUGAUGAACUGGACAACCAGCUGAAGGACUUUGAGAAUUUACUGCUCACCGCUCAGAGUUUACGUAAUGAUACGAGCUUAACGCGAGAACAGUUCCUGGACAGAGCUGAGCAAUUUGCCGGCAUAGUUUCGGCCAUUUUAAACGACAAUGAUAGCGAUUAA